AGCUAAUGGAGGGAGUGUCUAACUCGGCGAAGGAUCUCCUCUCAGGAGCUCAGUGUGUGGCCACUGGCUGCUACCACUCACUGCUCGGAGUUCUUCCGGUCUUUCACCUGGUGCAGCAAGCAACGCUCUUGACCUUUCUAGUAAUGCCAAAAUCAGACGACAGCUGCUCCAGUGUUUCCUUCUCAAUGGAGUCAUUCUCUGUGUACGUGUACCUAACCCUUGGAAUCCUCACAUUUGACUAUGUGUUUCUUCCAGGAGUGCAGCACUUGGCAGGGAGGAUGUACGGACUUGUAAUCUCUUCGCCUGCAACUGAGUCCCAUCUGCUCCAGUGGCUAGCCACAUUUCUACACUACCUGUUCACUGGACUGUGGGUACUGCCUGUCUUCUGGAUCAGCAAACCCAUCAAUGUCAUCUGGUUUCAGGAUAUAGCUUCUGCAGCUCUGAAUGAGAGUCAGAAACUCAAGAAAACCAAGUCCCAGCAGCAGUCCAGUAGUCAGUCAGUGAGCCAGAGCAUCAGCAGAUUCAUCGCUGACCUCCUGUUCUCCAUCCUCCUCCAACUCCUCUUCCUACUCCAGGUUAUACACUAUAGCUACAAGAAUAACUGAAUGUAUGGUACCAGAACGACAUUGUAUUGGAGUGAAUGUGGCUGCAACGUUUUAGUGGUGCUACAAAUGUAGAACAUUAUGGUACGGGUCACAGUCUCAGUUUGACUGGAUAGUGAUAUAUGCAAAAUGACAUUCCGGUUACUAAAUAGGCUCGCUUCUCUCACCAAUUUUAUAUACACAAUGCACUUAGCGAGUUUACUAACCAAACAUCACGACAUCCGCCAAUGUCGGUUUCUUCUUUAUGUUUUGCUCCCUGUCCUUGCGUGGUGCUAUAAUGUAUGUGUAGGCAAUGGUGGUGGGUCUAAUACCAGGAGUUGGAUGGCUACUGAGUCUGCUGCACAUGACCAUUCUCUAUUCUUUCUACUGCUUCGAGUACAAGUGGAUGCACGAUGGUUGGCCAGUGCACCAGAGGAUAACGUACCUGGAGGCAAGAUGGACCUACUUCAUUGGCUUUGGUCUGCCCCUUGCCUUCCUUGCCUCCCUCUCAGGCUCCUUGGUCAUCAGUGCCAGUAUGUUUGCCGUGUCAUUUCCUCUCUUCGUUAUAAGUGCCACUUCAGCUAAACCUACACCUUCAAGGUUACCACCGCUGCCCAUAUUCAACUUAGUCAUCAACGUCACCAACAAACUGGCCACUAGAACUUCACCCCGGGGACGUGGUGGAACAAGAGUAACACAGCAUGGCACACGAUACUAGAACCUGUCUGGCAGCAUUAUAUGUAUGUACAGGUCAACCCCAAAGUCUUCUAAGAGGGUUGACCAUUAAGUAACAUGUCCAACUUUUUUUCACUUUUUGCUGUGUUUGUGAAGCUAUUACGAUAGCCUUAAAAGUUUGUGUUUAUAUUAUUUUCAACCACCAUACUAUAUAUCAGAUUUCUGGCUCCAUGUAACAGUAUUAUGCAUGUAUAAUUAUGAGGCAAACAGGCCAAAACCCAAGAAGCUGUGCACCGUGCGAGCAUAAAUAAUAACAACAUCAGAUUAUGGAGACUUGUAAGUUGUUGCCGAGUGUUUCUCUCGUCUCGGUGAGUAUCAUUGUGUCUGGCAGCUCACUCCCGGUCCUCCUCCUUCCAUACGUAUUCUGGUUCUGUCAGAGUAACCUCCGCCAUGCCCCUACAUUCUUCUUCUCCGGUUCUCAGUCUCAGGGUCAAUGUCCUCCAACUCAGCCUAGUGUAUAAUACAAUGCAAGUUCAAUGGCAAAUAGAGUGUAACUCAUGUUCAAAGGGAAUGUGACAGUAAAUCAAUAGGGCCCAGUGAAAGAAUAACAGUCUCUAGAUUAAGCCUAUAUUACUGCCCAGAGGAGGUUGGACACAGUCACAUGAUCCAACACAUAUAUUUCCCGUGCCAU